CCUUUGAUUAUAUCUCCUAGUUUUAUAAUUUUUGUCGUUUACAGUUUUACUGUCGCAGUAACAAGGAAUACAAUGAUCUAGCUACCAUUUUCUUCAACACACAGGAUGAUGCUAUUAGGAAUUUAUUUAGCGCCAAAACGAUUCAUGAAUACAGUGCUCAGAGCUUGUUAACCUUUUUGGUUAUGUUUUACACUUUGGCAGUGGUCACAUUUGGAACAGCUGUUCCUGCUGGUCAGUUUGUUCCUGGAAUAAUGAUAGGGUCAACUUAUGGCCGUCUUGUUGGCAUGUUUGUCGUCAGCUUCUAUAAAAAGCCAAACAUAGAAGAGGGAACAUAUGCUCUUCUAGGUGCUGCUUCUUUUUUAGGAGGCUCAAUGCGGGUGACAGUGUCCCUUUGUGUCAUCAUGGUUGAAAUCUCGAAUAAUUUGAAGUUUCUACCCCUUAUCAUGCUAGUUCUUCUUAUAUCAAAGGCUGUUGGUGAUGCCUUCAACGAUGGCUUGUAUGAAGAGCAAGCUCGGUUGAAGGGUAUCCCUUUGCUUGAUUCAAGACCGAAAUACCAAAUGCGGAGGAUGACUGCAAAAGAGGGUUGUCGAACUCGAAAGGUUGUUAGUCUUCCUCGUGUUAUCAAGGUUUCAGAUGCGGUUUCUAUUCUGAGAUGCAACAAGCACAAUGGCUUCCCUGUGAUAGAUCACACAAGGAGUGGAGAGACGCUCAUUAUAGGACUGAUGCUUCGGAGUCACUUUUUGGUGCUUCUUCAGUCCAAGGUGGAUUUCCAACAUAGCUCUUUGCCUAGUGAUUCAAGAGGUGGAUCCUUCCCGAUAAGGCAUAAUAACACUGAAUUCAUCAAACCAGUUUCAAGUACAGGGCUUAGCCUUGAUGAUAUUCAUUUGAGCCAGGAUGAUUUAGAUAUGUACAUAGAUCUCGCCCCCUUUUUGAACCCAUCACCGUAUAUAGUCCCUGAAGAUAUGUCAUUGACAAAGGUGUAUAAUCUAUUCCGUCAAUUAGGAUUAAGGCAUUUAUUGGUUGUCCCUCGGCCUUCGCGUGUUUUAGGUCUAAUAACACGAAAGGAUUUGAUAAUUGAGAGUGAUGAUGAGUCGGACACAGAACUCCAAUCGACUAGUGUAAGAGCUCAAUACCGUAACGGAGGCUCAGUAUCAAGAAGUGUAGAUGUGGAGCAACCACUUUUAAAUGGUCUUUUGGUGCAAAAUAAAUAAUAGCACUAAUUCUAAAAUCGUGUAGGUUUUGGUAUCUCCUGAAGGCUGGAGUUCAUUAUCUGCAUUCUUGGAACAUUUUUGUUGAUUCUAAUUUUUUAUUUUUUUCCCUGUACAAGUACUGCAAUCGAGCAAAAUCACACAUAUUUGUGUUGUAAAGUGUAAAAUUGUAAAACAGAAUGACAACUUAUAGAAUGAAAUCAUUUCGAAAGAUAAGAGUAAUUUUGAGACGGAGGGAGUAAUUUUUCCUCCAUUUUUUAA